UUUUGAUAGUUCAGCGUCCAUCACCUGCUCCAUUAUUUCUCUCAUUAGCUAGCUUUUUAAUUUGUCUCUUUGGUACAACUCUCAUAUACACUCUCAUAACAUUUCAUAACUAUAGCCAUGUUGCCAAGAAGUCGAACUCUUCCAAGCAGAAUCCAUCAUGACGCUUUUGAAGAAAGACAUGAUAUCAAGCACUACUUGCAAGUAGAAGUUCAACCUAAAGCUCAUAAUGAGACUGAAGCCAUAAACCCCCAAGCCAACUAUUCCAAGUGCUUUGACGACGAUGGCCGCUUGAAGAGAACAGGAACUUUUUGGACUGCAACAUCGCAUAUUAUCACAGCUGUGAUAGGUUCAGGGGUGUUGUCAUUAGCUUGGGCAAUUGGGCAGCUUGGUUGGGUUGCAGGACCAACAGUCAUGAUCCUCUUUGCCCUUGUUAAUCUCUACACUUCCAAUCUUCUUUCUCAGUGCUAUAGGUCUGGUGAUCCUGUCACAGGACAGAGAAAUUAUACUUAUAUGGAUGCUGUCAAGGCCAACUUAGGAGGAAAGAAGGUGAUGCUAUGUGGGCUCAUCCAGUACUUAAAUUUGUUUGGUGUUGCAAUUGGGUAUACAAUUGCAGCAUCUGUCAGUAUGAUGGCUAUAAAAAGAUCAAACUGUUUUCACAAGAGUGGGGGGAAGAAUCCAUGCCAUAUGUCAAGUAAUGGGUAUAUGAUAACAUUUGGGAUUGCAGAGGUGAUAUUUUCUCAAAUCCCAGACUUUGAUCAAGUAUGGUGGCUCUCUAUAGUUGCAGCUGUUAUGUCAUUCACUUACUCUACUGUUGGUCUUGGACUUGGAAUUGGAAAAGUUGCAGAGAAUGGGAAUAUCAGAGGGAGCUUGACAGGAAUCAGCAUAGGGACAGUAACACAUGCUGGAACAGUUACUUCAAUGCAGAAGAUAUGGAGGAGUUUGCAAGCUCUUGGAGCAAUUGCCUUUGCAUACUCUUAUUCUGUCAUCCUCAUUGAAAUCCAGGAUACAGUAAAAUCUCCUCCUGCAGAGCACAAGACCAUGAAGAAAGCAACCGUAUUCAGCAUCACAGUAACAACUGCCUUCUACUUGCUCUGUGGAUGCAUGGGUUAUGCUUCCUUUGGUGAUCUGGCUCCUGGAAAUCUCUUGACUGGCUUUGGCUUCUACAACCCCAACUGGCUCCUAGACAUUGCCAACGUAGCCAUUGUUGUUCACCUUGUUGGUGCAUACCAGGUGUACUGCCAGCCCUUGUUUGCUUUUGUGGAAAAAUGGAGUGCACAGAAGUGGUCUAAGAGUGACUUUGUCACAGCAGAAUACGACAUACCAAUCCCUUUCUGUGGCGUUUACCAGUUAAACUUGUUCCGUCUGGUAUGGAGGACCAUGUUUGUUCUAUUGACAACCAUAAUAGCCAUGCUGAUGCCCUUCUUCAAUGAUGUUGUUGGGAUCCUGGGGGCAAUGGGGUUCUGGCCUUUAACUGUUUAUUUCCCAAUUGAAAUGUACAUAGCACAGAAGAAGAUUGGAAGAGGCACAGCCAGGUGGCUUGGCCUUCAAAUUCUUAGUGUCAGUUGUUUCUUCAUCACUGUAGCUGCUGCAAUCGGCUCUUUAGCUGGAGUUGUUCUUGAUCUCAAGACUUAUAAGCCCUUCCAAACUACCUACUGAGGCCUGAAGAGUGAUCCAUGACUCAUGCAGCAGAAAUUUGGUAGAAGCAUAAUUUAAAAGAUGGUUGUGUGUGUAUGAAAUAUUAAUAAGAAGCAUUUAACGGUCAAGGAAAGGAAUAAAAUGUACCAUUCUCAAUUAAAGAAGUCCUCAUAUCC